UUUCUUUGGCAGAGCAAUUUCACUGCAUCUUUGUUUAGCUGUAUUUUUCCCACCCUAUUCUAGCUACAUCUAGGUGAGAGAGAAAUUAGCUACCUGAUUUUGGAUUCUUGUCUCUUUUAAAUGAUCACUGUCCCUCCCUCAGUCUCUCAGAGUGAUCCCUCAGCUAAUUCUUAGUGAGUGCCUACAUGGGCCAGCCACUGUGCUAGGUGCAGGGAUGCAAGACGGACGGGGCCUGCCCUCACUAAGUUUGCUUCUAGUGGGAAAGACAGGUAAUAAGCAAACAAAUAAAUAAGCAGGUAAUGUGAGGUGAUGAUAAAUGUUAUAAGGAAACAUAACUCAGAGAUAGAGAUUCACAAGGGUGCUGUUUUAGGCAAGGUCUCUUUGAGAGUGUGAUAUUGGAGCAGAAAUUUGAAUGACGUGAACAAGAUUAUGCAAAUUAAUGGAGAAAGAAAGUUUCAGCCAGAGGGUAUAGCAAAUGCCCUGUCACAUAUUGGGUUCUCCAGAAAGCAAAUCUUGAGAGGGAGUUAGAAGGAGAGUGAUAUCUGUGAAAGGCAAGGGAGGGAACACAAUUGUGUGUGUGUGUGUGUGGGGGAUGGCUGUCAGGCUGCAUGCUGACUUGACAAAGUCUCUGUUACCCAGUGGGUGUUCCAGAGCCAAUACCCCAACAAGGGCUGCUACAACUGACCGUCACUGGCAGAGGAAAUGACCGGGCCUUUCUACUCCUACUUUGCUCACUUCUAUGACCAAGAGCUGCCCUGAGAAUUGCAUCAUCUCAGCAGAAAAGCUGAGGGGGACCCUGAUGAAGCUAAUAACAGCAGGUUGUCAACUAACCACACUUCUCAAAGAUACUGACAACACAAAACCACUGGAGGGUGUAAAAAUUCUGGAUCUAACAAGAGUAUUGGCAGGACCUUUUGCUACUAUGAAUUUAGGAGAUCUUGGGGCAGAAGUUAUAAAAGUGGAAAGACCAGGAGUUGGUGAUGAUACACGAACUUGGGGGCCACCUUUUGUGGGGACAGAAAGUACUUAUUUUCUCAGUGUUAACCGAAAUAAAAAAAGCAUAGCUGUCAAUAUCAAGGAUCCAAGGGGAGUGAAAAUCAUCAAAGAGCUUGCAGCUGUUUGUGAUGUAUUUGUGGAAAACUAUGUCCCUGGCAAACUGUCUGCAAUGGGCCUGGGAUAUGAAGAUAUAGAGAAGAUUGCACCUCACAUCAUCUACUGUUCUAUCACAGGGUAUGGCCAGACGGGUCCCAUGUCCCAGCGAGCUGGGUAUGAUGCUGUGGCUUCUGCUGUUUCUGGUCUGAUGCACAUCACAGGGCCUGAGGGAGGAGAUCCAGUUCGCCCUGGAGUGGCCAUGACUGACCUUGCCACUGGCCUGUACACAUAUGGAGCCAUUAUGGCUGGGUUGAUACAAAGAUACAAAACUGGGAAAGGACUGUUCAUUGACUGUAACCUACUGUCAUCUCAGGUGGCAUGUUUGACUCAGGUAGCUGCUAAUUAUCUCAUUGGCCAAAAGGAAGCAAAACGUUGGGGAACAGCUCAUGGCAGUAUUGUUCCUUAUCAGGCUUUUAAAACCAAGGAUGGCUAUUUGGUAGUUGGAGCAGGAAAUAACCAACAGUUCGCUACCAUGUGCAAGAUCCUGAAUUUGCCUGAAUUGAUUGAUGACUGCAAGUAUAAGACUAACCACCUGCGAGUACAGAAUAGAAAAGAGCUUAUUAAAAUACUGUCUGCAAGGUUUGCAGAAGAGGUGACCACAAAAUGGUUGUGUCUCUUUGAAGGCAGUGGGAUCCCGUAUGGUCCAAUCAACAGCAUGAAGAAUGUAUUUGCAGAACCCCAGGUAUUACACAACGGCCUCAUUAUGGAGAUGAAGCAUCCGACAGUGGGGAAGAUAUCAGUCCCAGGCCCGGCUGUGAGAUACAGUACGUUCGAGAUGUCAGAAGCCAGGCCACCUCCCCUGCUUGGGCAGCACACAGUGCGCAUCCUGAAGGAAGCCCUCAGAUACAAUGACAGCACCAUCGGGGAGCUGCUCAGUGCUGGAGUGGUGACCCAACACGAAGCCCAGUGACAAAGGAAAAAUGUUCUCUUCCUCAAAGCCACAACCCAAAUGCACUUUGCUGGCAAAGGCAAUGUUCUUUCUGGAUCCUUCUCCCCAAUUAUGGUGCCACUGAAAAGAAAACUUAGAGUAACUCCAGAUUUCCUGCCUGGCUUCUCCAGAAGGACUCUGGUAUUAAUGAAAUGAGUGCCUUUUAAAUGCACCCCACCUUUUAUUCUCAUGCCUUUUUCUUUUUUUUUUUCAGAUAAUGGUUGAAUUGUAGAUUUGCGGGAUUUUUAUUGUUGUUGUUAAUGAUUUAAUCUUUUUUUCCUGGAAAAAUGCACUCCUCAUUCUAAUUACUUUAAUAGCCUAAACGUUUGCCCUUCUAUCCCACACAGACCUGAAAAAGAGCAGAUUUCUUGACAGUCUCUACUUGUACAUCAAGUCCUCAUUUAAACUUUUGCUAGGAAGUCAAAGCAAUAUGCAGAAUGACAGUUUCUGUGAUUGAUUUUAAACAGAAUAAUUUAAUUUUGAGCUCAUGAACUCUUUGUUAAUCUGUAAUUUAAACCAUGGAUUUGCUAAUGUCCAUUGUAAAACUGAGCUCCCUUUCUCCCUUGUGGGAGUAAACAUUUUCUUUAUGUUGUACAUCUUUGGUGAUUUCAUGAAAUGUGGCAGAAAAUCAGUUCCCACCACUGAAUUUUGGGGUAUAGAUAGCAAUCUGUUUUGGGGGGAGAAGAAUCGUUCUUCAAUCAGUACCUUAUUUUGAACCAAGUGCAAAUGCCACAAGUUUUUUAAUGAAUAGCAAUGACUACUACUAUCCAGGUAUUAAAUAGUGCAUAGUUAAUGGCAAAUAGGAGAAUGAAGGAAAGAGGUUUUCUUGUCAUCUGGGCUUGACUGUAGAAAAACAAUCAUGCAUUACUAUUAAGUAUUUUAAUUUGUCAGGGAAUUCAAAGUAUAAAAAAUGUCAUUGUGUCCAAAUGGUGAGCAUCGAUGUGUAGAUACAUUUCAGGAUCAGUUGUCACUCACUGACACUGUCAGUCAUCGAAGCUCGACCCCACCACGAGUAUCCUAAUAUAACCUUGACCCCUGGCUGUUAGGCCAACUAUGUAAAAGCAAUGUUAUUACAUUCCCAAUGGUAAUCAAAAGCUAAAUUACAGAUAUUCAUCUUUCAUACUGUGAUUUAGAGCUAGUUUUCUUUUUGUGUUCUUUUUUAUUGAGAGACUGUAAACCAUUUAUCCAUGCUGUGAGCCCAAUAUGUUUCUAGAAUCAAGGAUUCCAAAUAAAUAAAAAAAUUCUUCUUCUAGCAAGUCCUCAUGAGACUCUUUAGAAGAAUGCCAACUAA